UGGAGCCCUGGAGCGCCGCGGGCGCGGGGCGUAGAGGCGGCCGCGGCGGAGCUCGGCCCUGCGGCUGAGGCGGCAGUAGCAGCGGCGUCGGCGGCCGCCGCCUCGUCUAGACCCUCGGCUCGGUCCUCCUCGGGCGACCUGGGCCCGCGGCCCCUCCUCGGCCUCGCCUGGGCCGCCGUAGCCACGUCCCCUCCAUCCCCCCGCGGGCCCGAGGCGGGCACGGCCGCGGCAUGUGGCGUUGGGUCCGGCAGCAGCUGGGUUUUGACCCGCCACAUCAAAGUGACACAAGAACAAUUUAUAUAGCAAACAGAUUUCCUCAGAAUGGCCUUUAUACUCCUCAAAAAUUUAUAGAUAACCGAAUCAUUUCAUCAAAGUAUACAGUGUGGAAUUUUGUUCCAAAAAACUUAUUUGAACAAUUCAGAAGAGUAGCAAAUUUUUAUUUUCUUAUUAUCUUUUUGGUCCAGCUUAUGAUUGACACUCCUACAAGUCCUGUUACCAGCGGGCUUCCGUUAUUCUUUGUGAUAACCGUAACUGCCAUAAAGCAGGGAUAUGAAGACUGGUUACGGCACAAAUCAGAUAAUGAAGUAAAUGGAGCGCCUGUCUAUGUCGUUCGAAGUGGUGGCCUUGUGAAAACUAGAUCAAAAAACAUCCGGGUAGGGGAUAUUGUCAGAAUUGCCAAAGAUGAGAUUUUUCCUGCUGAUUUGGUGCUUCUGUCUUCAGACAGAGGGGAUGGUUCAUGCCAUGUUACUACUGCUAGCCUGGAUGGAGAAACUAACCUCAAGAAACAUGUGGCAGUUCCAGAAACAGCAGUGUUGCAAACUGUUGCCAGGUUGGACACACUCAUAGCUGUGAUAGAAUGUCAGCAGCCAGAAGCAGAUUUAUACAGAUUCAUUGGAAGAAUGAUCCUGAAUCAACAAAUGGAAGAAAUUGUAAGACCUCUUGGGCCAGAAAGUCUCUUGCUUCGUGGAGCCAGAUUAAAGAACACAAAAGAAAUUUUUGGUGUUGCAAUAUAUACAGGAAUGGAAACUAAGAUGGCAUUAAAUUAUAAGAGCAAGUCACAGAAGCGAUCCGCAGUAGAGAAGUCAAUGAAUACCUUUUUGAUCAUAUAUCUUAUAAUCCUCAUUUCUGAAGCCAUCAUCAGUACAAUCUUGAAAUACACAUGGCAAGCAGAAGAAAAAUGGGAUGAACCAUGGUAUAACCAAAAGACAGAGCAUCAGCGAAACAGCAGUAAGAUUCUGAGGUUUAUUUCCGACUUCCUUGCGUUUUUGGUGCUCUACAAUUUCAUCAUCCCAAUUUCACUCUAUGUGACUGUCGAGAUGCAGAAAUUCCUUGGUUCAUUUUUUAUUGGCUGGGACCUUGAUCUCUAUCAUGAAGAAACUGAUCAGAAAGCACAAGUCAAUACUUCAGAUCUGAAUGAAGAGCUGGGACAGGUGGAAUAUGUAUUUACAGAUAAAACUGGAACUCUGACUGAAAAUGAGAUGCAGUUUCGAGAGUGUUCAAUCAAUGGCAUAAAAUACCAAGAAAUCAAUGGCAGACUGGUACCAGAGGGACCAACACCAGAGUCGUCCGAAGGUUUAGCAUACCUUAGAAGCUUAGCCCACCUCAGCCCCUCAGCCCAUCUCGCCAUCAGUUCUGAAGCUGAAACUGAACUAAUCAAAGAACAAGAUCUCUUCUUUAAAGCAGUCGGUCUCUGUCACACAGUGCAGAUCAGUAGUGGCCAAUCGGAUGGCCUUGGGGAUGGCCCCUGGCACCCCCAUGCAGCCUCCUCACAGUUGGAAUACUAUGCUUCUUCCCCAGAUGAAAAGGCCUUGGUUGAGGCUGCUGCAAGAAUUGGUGUUGUGUUUAUGGGCAGUACUGAAGAAACUAUGGAAAUCAAAACCCUUGGAAAACUUGAAAGGUACAAAUUGCUUCAUGUUCUAGAAUUCGAUUCAGAUCGUCGGCGAAUGAGUGUGAUUGUACAAUCUCCUUCAGGUGAGAAAAUGUUGUUUUCUAAAGGAGCAGAGUCUUCGAUUCUUCCCAAUUGUAUUGGUGGUGAAAUAGAAAAAACAAGAAUUCAUGUAGAUGAGUUUGCUUUGAAAGGGUUGAGAACUCUGUGUGUGGCAUAUAGACAGUUCACUCCUGAAGAGUUUGAGGAAGUGGACAGACGCCUGUUUGCCGCCAGAACCGCCUUGCAGCAGCGGGAAGAGAAGCUAGCAGAGACGUUCCAUUUCAUCGAGAGAGAACUGCUGUUACUUGGGGCGACGGGUGUGGAAGACAGGCUUCAGGAUAAAGUGAGAGAAACCAUUGAAGCCUUGCGCCUGGCAGGCAUCAAAAUAUGGGUGCUCACUGGAGACAAACAUGAAACCGCCAUCAGUGUGAGUUUAUCGUGCGGACAUUUUCAUAGAACCAUGAACAUCCUUGAACUGGUCAACCAGAAAUCAGACCGUGAGUGUGCGGAGCAGCUGAGGCGACUCGCCAGAAGAAUCGCUGAAGACCACGUGAUCCAGCAUGGGCUAGUCGUGGACGGGAGCAGCCUUUCUCUGGCCCUGAGGGAACACGAGAAGAUCUUCCUGGAUGUGUGUAAAAGCUGUUGUGCUGUACUCUGCUGCCGCAUGGCCCCGCUGCAGAAGGCCAAAGUCAUAAGACUGAUAAAAAUCUCUCCAGAAAAACCUAUCACGUUGGCUGUUGGUGAUGGUGCUAAUGAUGUCAGCAUGAUCCAAGAAGCGCAUGUCGGCAUAGGAAUUAUGGGAAAAGAAGGAAGGCAGGCUGCACGAAAUAGCGACUAUGCAAUUGCAAGAUUUAAAUUCCUCUCCAAAUUGCUUUUUGUCCAUGGCCAUUUUUAUUAUAUUAGAAUAGCAACCCUUGUACAAUACUUUUUUUAUAAGAAUGUGUGUUUUAUCACACCCCAAUUUUUAUAUCAGUUCUAUUGUUUGUUUUCACAACAAACACUAUAUGACAGCGUUUACCUGACUUUAUACAAUAUUUGUUUCACUUCCUUACCUAUUCUGAUCUAUAGUCUUUUGGAACAGCAUGUACAUCCUCACGUCUUACAAAGCAAACCUUCUCUAUAUCGGGACAUAAGUAAAAAUAGUCACUUGAGCAUUAAAAAAUUUCUUUAUUGGACAGUCCUGGGUUUCAGUCAUGCCUUCAUUUUCUUUUUUGGAUGCUAUUUUCUCAUAUGGAAAGAUAUAUCUCUACUUGGAAAUGGCCAGAUGUUUGGAAAUUGGACAUUUGGUACAUUAGUCUUCACAGUAAUGGUUAUUACAGUCACAGUAAAGAUGGCUUUGGAGACUCAUUUCUGGACCUGGAUAAAUCAUGUUGUUACCUGGGGAUCCAUUGUAUUUUAUUUUGCAUUCUCGUUGUUUUAUGGAGGAAUUUUCUGGUCAUUUCUGGAUAUCUACUUUGUAUUCAUUCAACUUCUAUCAAGUGGUUCUGCUUGGUUUGCCAUAAUCCUUAUAGUGGUUACUUGCCUGUUUCUUGAUGUUGUGAAGAAAGUGUUCGAUCGACAGCUAUAUCCAACAAGUACUGAGAAGGCCCAGAUGGAAGAAGAUAAGGGCUCAGUCAGCUCAGCAUAUGAAUUUGCUGAAAGCAAGCACAGAGGGGAGGACAGUAGGCAACUGCUAGCUGAUCCAGGUAGCAGCAGAGCAGAGCUUGCAUACACUAGCUUACUGAAACAAAUUCCAGGGUCAAGUGCUUGGACUCCAUAUGCUGUUUCUCAGAGGGGCAAGCAGCGUGUGCAUCUUUUGGAAGGAUGCUGGACCGAGUGAUGGGGAGCUGUAGCCCGGGCCAGGUUAACAGAUCAUGGAGCCCACCGGACCCCUUCUGUACCAACGACAGGAGCAUCCUGACCCUCUCCACAAUGGACUCAUCCGCUUGUUAAAGGAGCAGUAGCACUUGUGGGCAGCCAUUUCAGUCUUUUCCCGAGAGUUCAGUGGGAUCCUUCGGUUAGUGACCAUUAGAGCAGCCACAGUUCUUCCUGAAAGCAAUGCACUAGGGCACACUUACUCAAGUUCAAGAAAAAAAUCUUUCAGGGAAGUCAGUUCCUGCCAUUUAUGGUUUUUCUUUAUUCCGGCCCCAAACCAGUUAAGCCCUGUGCAUAAAUUGAAGACAUCCCUGUCCUCCUUUAAGUUGCUGCCUCACGGUUAAUUGGAACCCUAAGAACCAGACGGCAUUUCAGCUGGUGCUGAGGACACACUUUUGCUAAUAAGGUGGGAAAGGGGGAGAGAGCUCCUGUUCACAUGUUGAGAUAGCCAGUCAUCAGCUGGGGCCCACUGCUACGUGAAGCCGCGUCUGUAAAUUGUGCUGCAGACUUUGCCUUAAAAAUUAUAUUUUUUUAUUCUAUAGUUUUUAUUCUAUUGAAACUUCUUGUGGCUGAAGUUUUAGCUGCAUUUGAGUCAAGGUCCUCCUCACGACCCAUGUUAUUGCUUUAUCGGUUUGUGUCAAAGUUCAUGGGACAGGAUUUUUAAGGAAAAAAAACCAAACCAUUAUUUGUUUGCCUCUGUGGAGGUAGUACAUAUAGACCCACACAGCCUGUUAGAAACUGGGAGCAGCACAACCAGGAAAGUUCAUGUCUGGGUUGUAAAAUAGAAGACCAGAGAGGUAUAAUUCUUGUCCCAAUUAAAACAAAAAUCAGACCUAUUUCUUUCAUUUCAUUUUAACCAUUUACUAGGGAGCUUUUAUGACAGAAUAUGAAGUCCAAUUUCAUUAGCAUAGGCAUUAUUUCAAAACUUUAUCAUUGAUGGAUUUUUUGCAUGUUUUAAUCCAGUUAAUGUAUUUCAAUUUGGUCUUACUGUCUUUUAAGAAUUUAAGCCUUUUCUCUGCCCUUCAUUCAUCUAAAGACUGUUGAUCGUCCAUUUUGUGGCAAUGUUGUAAAUACCAACAUAUGAAAUAAAAGAACGCAAAUCAGUUUGGACAGUAUUAUAAAUACUUGAGGUACUUUUCAUGACACAGACUCAAGUGUUGUGGGCAAGGGCAUCUUAAACUGGAGUGUGGCUGCGCUCCUAUGGGAGGGGCUUUGCCCUGGCCAGCCUGAGUCAUCCUGGCCUUGUAGAUGAGCCGGCCCUCCAGCAGGAAGCCAGCCUUCAGGGCUCAUGUCCAUCUCUGUGGUUCCUUUGGGAAAACUCCAUCACCAAGGCCACUUUUUGACUCUGCCGUACUGUCACCAGAUUUGACGAGCUGCGUCUGCGUGAAGAAAAAAAUCCGGCCAUUGUUUCUUUUUAAAUAAACAUUAGAGCUUGGCUUUGUCCUCCCCUCUCCCCCCCAUAUGAAAUAGUGCCAGAGACAUGGCAGCAGACAUUAAAUGAACACUGUUGCCUGAGAAGAAUGCUAGAUUUUUCUGGAUCAAAAGUAGCAACUAGGGGCAGCUAGAUGGCGCAGUGGAUGAAGCACCGGCUCUGGAUUCAAGAGGACCUGAGUUCAAAUCCAACCUCAGACACUUGACACUUACUAGCUGUGUGACCCUGGGCAAGUCACUUAACCCUCAUUGCCCUGCAAAAAUAAAAUAAAAAAUAUCUUUUUAAAAAAGUAGCAACUAGAAGUUAAGAUGCAAAGUUAAUUGGUUAUUUCUGAUUCUGGUUAACUUACUCCCCUUUAAUCCUCAAAAGUAAUUUUUAGUCCAAAUAUGCAAGGUUGUAAUUGGUUUUAAUUAGUUUGAUUAAUUUUGGUUGUAAUUAAUUUCUUCGAAAUGAAUUCAUAUUUUCAAGAUGUAAAAGCAUUCGUUGUCUUAUGCAGAGUAGGAAAAAAACCCAGCCUUAAAAGCUUCUAAUAGUUACUCCUACAUGUGACUAUAGUAGCCUAUUAAUGAGACUGUCCAAAAAAAUCCAACUUCACAAUCUUAAUUUCUUUCCCAUUUGGGCAGAUAAGCCAUUUCCUUUAUGUGAAGCUACAGAGAUCUGGAGGUAGGGGCCACAAACAAGAACUUAACUUUAUCUCCUGGUGAAAUGUUUUGAUUAAUGGAACAUUUUUGUGUUUCAGUAACAAAAAUAUUGCAUUCUAAAUUUACCUUCACUUUUAAACAUUUUCUUAUCAAAUCUCCAGGUGUGCCAAACCUCUUUUAGAAGAGGAAUAUUAUUCUGAGAAUGGGGUCAUAGGAAGGACAGACAGUAUGCAGACAGAAGUGUGAGCCCCUGCAUUUCCAGAAGGGGGUGAGGCACACUUAAAUAAGGCAGAGUUUGCUUUUUUAUCCAGUCAAGUCUAACAUAACGAAAGGAUGUGCAAGAGGUUUGCUGCAUCUGUCUUGGAGGAGACUGCCACCCAGAGACCUGAGGAGUCUCUGCCUCUGGACCACAAGGCACCAGAAGGAGAAUCCCCUCAGGGCUCCCUGCAUUCGAAGCCUGACUUCAUUUGAUGUUCAUGGUUGGAAGGAAAAAACAAACAAACAAACAGGAUUUUACGGAUUUACUUUUCGAAACAGAAGUGAAGCAAAUCUUGGUAUCAGCCAGUGGACUAUGACUUUGUAAAAUAUCAUUGAGGUCUUUUUGUUGUCGUCUCGUCGUCGUCCUUGUUGUCACGUGUUUUAAAAGCCUACCCAUAUACUAAAGCUACGUUACGUUGGAAAUUAAGUUUUACAGUUUAGGGUAAUGUAGUCUGAUAGUCUCCUGAGCAUGAAGUGACAUGACUUACCUUUAGAAAAAUUAUUUUCUAGUGCCGGAAUUUGUAUUACAGAACUUAACAUGACCAGGAUAAUUUACAGAAAUGUUUCCAUUAACUCAAUCUGUAAUUGUGUACUCUUUGAAAAUAGGGUACCCCAAAUAAGACCCAAAUGUUUCUGCCAACAAAGUUCAGUAUAUAGCGUCCAUCUUUAACUUCGGUUUUUUACUUAGAAGAGCUUGUUUAACAUGCUGGCCUGCCUGCCUCCCUGGCGUUUCUCCCAUCUGCUAGUGAACAAGGCAGUUUGCUGCACUGUAUAAAAGAAGCCCAUCAGCUGCUUUUGGGUGCAGAAUACUGGCUCAGCUUUGGUGGGAGCAAGGUAGGAAGUGAAAGUUGGGCCAAAACAAAGCAGAUAGUCUCCCAAAAGUUCCCUUUUUGGAAAUGAAGAGGUUAAGACUGGAUGCCCUCAAACUGCUAUCUCACUCUUGUAGCGGAGUGCAUUAGGGUCGUCCCAGAGAGCCCCAAGCCCAGCAGGGCAUGUCCCCUACACGAACUUACGCUCACUGACUUGGCACUGCUACAGUGACCACAGCCUCCUGUGAAUGCAUCAGGGCAGCAGUCUGAAAGGAGCAGAGAACUUAGUGAAGGUCACCAAGAAGCAUUGCUACAGUCUCAAGAAUUUUACAAGUUUCUCCCUCUUUGCAGAGAUGGGGGAUGUAGUUUAAAAUGUCACACACAGUUCAGGUUGAUUAAUGUGCUGGAUGGUUUGGGUUUUGCUAAACUCCUUUUUUUCUUUUUAGAAAUCAUUGUUGGGGAAUGUUCCUUAAGUUGGAGAGGGAUAUAUUGGGAAUUAAGUGAUGGAAAGACAAGAUAAUUGAUUUUUUAAAAUAACAAAAGCUCCAAUUUCAGCUGGAGAUGCUUUUCCCUAAAGCUUAUGAUUCUUGUUAGUGAAUAUUCAAGCAGCCAGGGAGAAAGAGAGCAAGGAUCAAUUUCAGGAAUAAGGCAUCCGUGAAACAGACACCAAAGAGAUUUGAACCAUGUUUAAUUUUGGUCCCAUUUGUACAUAUUUUAUUUACACCUUGAAAUGAGGUAAUCCUCUAUUUUCAUAAGAAGAAACCAUUAGCAGAGUAUGGUUUUAUUUUGGGAAAACUUGAAGGAUAAUCCUAUAAAAAUGAUAUCUAAAUAACAUGUUUAUUAUAAUGAUGAAUGUUUGCUUUUAAGGGGCAUUAGCAGCUGGACAUUGUAGCAAUAUGUAGUUCAAAUGUUGGACCUCAGACACUGUGGUUAUGUAAUGAAAUCCUUUUUAAAAUUUUCUGUACAUUGUCAAUGCAAUUUGCUUACUGUACAGCUGUCAGUAAAUGUUUUUUAGAAGUUUGCCAGAUUAUAUUUAUUGAAUAAAACUUUC